AAGUUGUCGUCGGCAGACUGUGUGUAUGUGGUGUGUAUUAACAGGUCAUACUUUAAAGUGUUGAUCUUUCUUAAGAAGAGGAUAACGUUUCACUGUUUUGUUACAAAGCCAAUAUUUUUCAACUUUGUUUACAACCAACGGCGUAGACACAGUGAAGAAUUUAUGAGUUACCCACCAAGUAACCCAGGCUAUCCAGCUUACCCCCCAGCAGCCCCAUCCAAUCCUGGAUACCCACCAAGUUCUGGAGUGGGAGGCAUUGGGUUUGAAUCCUUAAUGAUUAGCCCACCUCCAUCUCAGCCUGCAGCACCAUAUCCAACAGGCCCAUCACCUAUGCCAGGUUAUGGCGGUGCCCCUGCAGCACCCUAUGGCCCAGGCUCUGGAAUGCCUGCUGCUCCACCAGCUAACCAGUUUCCAUUGCCAUCACAUAUGGGUUUUGCGGGUGCUGCAAGUGUUGCCCAUGCUGCUGCAGCAUUUCAAGCACCCACAAGACCCAUGCCUGCACCAACUCCAAAUUAUGGAGCUCCUGGCUACCCCAAUGCCGGACCACCUUAUCAACCAGUGCCACCCCCAGUCGUAGCCCCUGCAGUCGUAGCCCCCCCAGUCGUAGCCCCUCAAUCCUAUCAUGACCCAUACACACGUGGAGGUUCAGUCCACGGGGCACCUGUCCCACCUCCUGCUAGUGUCCAACAACAUAACCAGUCCUUCCAUGGUACCCCCUCCGCUCCUGCUGCAAACAUGCAACGUAAUCAGCAAUCAUUCCAUGGUGUCCCUGCGAAUCCAUCAGUGCUCCCAAAAAGCAACCCACCAGCCAAGCAAGCUACUAAGGCUCCAAACAGAGGAACAGUGAAGCCAUGCCCAUCGUUCAAACCCCAAGUCGAUGCAGAAGCCAUAAGAAAGGCAGUUGGGGGCUUUGGUACUAAUGUGAAGGAGAUAAUAGGAAUUCUCUCAACGAGAAACAAUCAACAAAGAAUAAAAAUUGCUUUGGAGUACAAAACUCAGUUUGGAAGGGAUUUGAAUACCGAUCUCAAGUUUGCCCUCGGUGGUAGCUUGGAGAAUCUAUUACUGGGAAUGAUGCAAGCACCAGCUGUAUAUGACGCUACAGAAUUACGACGUGCAAUGAAGGGUCUUGGAACGACUGAAAGUGUUCUCAUAGAGAUUCUGUGCUCCAGAACGAAUGAAGAAAUCAAAGAAGUUAAACAGGAAUAUCGCAAACUAUACAGUCGCGAUCUUGAAAAAGACGUCCAUUCAGAGACCUCGGGUCAUUUCAGGAAAUUCCUCAUCUCUCUGCUGCAGGCCAACAGAGACGAAUCGACGAAUGUUGAUUACGGAAGAGCCAGGGCCGAUGCAGAUGCUCUUCACCAAGCAGGGGAAAAAAGAUGGGGCACAGACGAGGCCAGAUUCAAUGCGAUAUUUGCGGCUCGAAGUUUUGCACAGCUUAGAGCCACCUUCAAUGAAUAUGCCAAGAUCAGCAAAUAUGAUAUCGAGAAAUCCGUGGAACGAGAAAUGUCAGGAGAUCUGAAGAAUGCCAUGGUCACUUUAGUCCAGUGUGUGCGAAACACUCCAGCCUACUUUGCAAAAAAGCUGUACAAGAGCAUGAAAGGUCUUGGUACUGAUGAUGCGACGUUGAUACGAGUUGUGGUGACACGCUGUGAGGUUGACAUGAUUGAUAUAAAACAGGAGUUUCAGAGACAGUAUCACAAGACUUUGGCCAGUUUUAUUAAAGGUGAUACAAGUGGAAACUAUUGUAAAACACUGCUUGGUUUGAUUGGUGAACCACAGAACUGAUUAUCCAAUAACAAGUACAUAAUCUGGGGGGUCUGGGACUUUUAGAACUACCAUCUGUUCAGCAAAAUACAUUCCCAAAUAUGGGGGUUGCACUGUAUAGCAUAUGUUAUAUUCUUGAAUAAGCUGUUUUCCAAGUGUUUGAACUGCUUGAAAAUUAUUCAAAGAAAAUCAUUUAACUAGGGUAAAUGUCAAGACUUUGAAUAAUUUUGUACGGCAAUUCAGAUAAAACAAUAUAUCAAUGUUUCAUUUAAACAGGGAUAACCACUCACUAAUGAUAAUUAUGCAUUUUCAUAUGUUACAAGAAUUGACACAAUAUUCAUUCUAUAAUUUAAUUGAUCAAAAAUAAC